UUCCUUCCAAUGCGAGCAGCGGCGGCUGAGGCUCAAGAAAUCAAUCCCCAACCCUAGUGGCCCUAAUGGCGAGCCCGUCCCCAUAUAGCUUGCGAACGACGACGGCGGUGUAGAUCUUGGCCACUGGAGGCACUGGUCCAUCUCCGCCCCUAUGAAUCCUGGACAUCUCGUCGCCGGCGGCCGGUCUGCCCGGGCGAACCUCUCUUCUGCUGCGCCGCGACGCUGCCCGAGAAAAUCCCCAGGUGGCUCCUCGAUCUACCAUUUGUUGCCCCAUCUAACCUCCAACAUCUGCUUACGGCAGAGAAGAAACAUAGUGUCCCUCGAGUCUUCAGGAAUGCAGAUGCUCCUAACGGAAGAGGUCCUAACUCAGAAGGACUCAUUGUUUCAUCUGGAACGGCCAUUUCCUGGAACAAAAAGCAGGACAUGGCUGGAUGAAUAUGUUAAACAAACAUACCUUCUGUUUUUCUUGCAUCUUCUGGAUUCUUUUGCACUCUCAUUAUCUUUGGUCUUCGCAAUGCCAACUUGUUUACCUUGAUUAUUAUGAUGCAGCAAUUAUUUUCUAUGCCUAAACUACAUUAGAACUCUUGCCAUAAGUUGUGCCCUUGUUCUGGUCCAUGUGCUCGACAUCUCACAUGCGAAAGAUGAUCUCCUUUCUGACUUUGCAAUUCUCAUCCCAGGAUCUAGUAAUGGAAGAGAUCAGUAGUGCAACAUCACCAUUAGGAGAGCCCAUGGUUCCAAUGAUCGCAAACUGUGCACCAACACUAUCAGGUGAGAACAAACUGUGUAUGAAAGGCAAGAAUGUCUUGAUGUGCCUAAUAUUCUGUAAUCCUUGUUUUGAUGUUGUUUUGCUAAAAAAAGAAACAGUCAAUAUCUCAAGAGUCAAGAGGUACCCACGUUGUGGAAACAGUUUGCAUGGUUGAUGAAACUGCCGGUUCUGAAAGCUCAAUGUCAUGGUUUGGUUACCCUAUGAGAAUCCUAUGUGAAAUUGAGGAGCUAAGCCAAGCCUUUUGUACUUUUACUCUUUCUUUUAUUCGUAGAGGCUACUAUAUGUGUCUACUUGUGUGCUAAGCUACCCAUUCCUGACUGGAGGUUGUGGGGUAAUGCUUCUCUGAAUCAACUUGCUAUUUGUAUCCAAACUGAGAGUAAACUUGAGCUCCUUUGAUUGUGGAAAAAAUGGUAUGCUUCAGAUUA